UCAAUACCCCUCUCGCUUCCGUUCACCUCUCCACUCUCUCUCUCUCAACAAACUUCACACACCCGAUUACCGACCUUGAACCAUAGUUGGAUCAGUAUGGCCACGCCGAUGGUGGAGGACAAUUUUGAGGACGACCAGCUCUCCUCCAUGACUACCGAGGACAUUACUCGCGCCUCUCGUCUUCUGGAUAACGAAAUCCGUAUUCUCAAGGAAGAGUUACAGAGGACCAAUUUGGAGUUGGAUUCAUUCCGCGAGAAGAUUAAAGAGAAUCAGGAAAAAAUUAAGCUGAAUAAGCAGCUUCCUUACUUGGUCGGAAACAUUGUGGAGAUAUUGGAAAUGAACCCAGAGGAAGAAGCAGAAGAAGAUGGUGCAAAUAUCGAUCUCGACUCACAAAGGAAGGGAAAAUGCGUUGUGUUAAAAACAUCUACACGCCAGACAAUUUUCCUGCCUGUAGUUGGUUUGGUUGAUCCUGAUACGUUGAAGCCUGGGGAUCUUGUUGGAGUAAACAAAGACAGUUAUCUUAUUUUGGAUACUUUGCCGUCUGAGUAUGACUCUCGUGUUAAGGCUAUGGAGGUUGAUGAGAAACCAACUGAGGACUAUAAUGAUGUUGGUGGCUUGGAGAAACAGAUUCAAGAGUUGGUUGAGGCAAUUGUGUUGCCAAUGACUCACAAAGAGAGAUUUCAGAAAUUAGGAGUUCGUCCACCGAAAGGAGUCCUUCUUUAUGGUCCUCCUGGAACCGGGAAAACUCUAAUGGCCCGCGCAUGUGCUGCCCAAACAAAUGCCACUUUUUUGAAGCUAGCAGGUCCCCAACUCGUUCAGAUGUUCAUAGGAGAUGGAGCAAAGCUUGUUCGUGAUGCUUUCCAACUCGCUAAAGAAAAAUCUCCCUGCAUCAUUUUUAUCGAUGAGAUAGAUGCUAUUGGUACAAAGCGUUUUGAUAGUGAAGUUAGUGGUGACAGAGAAGUUCAAAGAACUAUGUUAGAAUUGCUCAACCAACUUGAUGGUUUUAGCAGCGAUGAUCGCAUAAAGGUAAUAGCAGCAACAAAUCGAGCUGAUAUUUUGGACCCUGCCUUGAUGCGGUCUGGUCGAUUGGAUCGUAAAAUAGAAUUCCCCCACCCUACUGAAGAAGCAAGGGCUCGCAUUUUACAGAUUCACUCCAGGAAGAUGAAUGUUCAUCCUGAUGUCAACUUUGAGGAGCUUGCUCGCUCAACAGAUGAUUUCAAUGGGGCUCAACUUAAAGCGGUUUGUGUGGAAGCAGGCAUGUUAGCUCUUCGCCGUGAUGCCACCGAGGUGAACCAUGAAGAUUUCAAUGAAGGUAUCAUCCAAGUUCAAGCGAAGAAGAAAGCCAGCUUGAAUUACUAUGCUUAGACUACAGGUUCCUCGGUGCAUGUUGUCCAUAUUGCUGAGCGCAGGAGAAUGACUACGUUGCCGUUUGAAGCACACCUUCAUUUAUAUUAGGCUCAAGUAGAAAGUUUAACCCUCACCCUAAACUGAGCUGUAAAAUUUGAGGCAGUCCAUGGCUCCAAGCAAAUUACAGGUGGGUUAGAAUGUGAUGAUACUUUCUUUGUGAUUUUGUUUGUGUAUUGAAUUUAUCAUGCUGAGCAAUGUAGUAGUCUCUUUAUAUGUACAAUGAAUCAGUUUUAAAUGUUUGGAUGAUACACUGGUGUUCAAUUUGGUAAAUUUGUUGUCUCA